AUGGAGAAAAUGUGCGCAGUUGAGGACGCCACGGGCGGUAUCGUGAUGCCAUCUCUGUCUUCCCCGCGGCCGACAUCUCUGUCUUCCCAGCGUCCGGCAUCUCUGCCCUCUCAGCGGCGACGCGUGCUCCUCCCUACUCCUGCCCUCGGCGGUUCGGAUGGCCGGUGCAGCCACGCCGCGUUUGAGUUCGCCCGCCGCGGAGCCGGAGGCAUGCGACUGCGGCUCUGGAGUGUGGCAACGGUGGUGCGGGAAGCGGGAGCGCAAGGCGGCGACGGCGAGGGCAGUCCUGCACGGCAGAAGAGCAGCAACGACGAGGGCAGUGUUGCACGGCAGAAGAGCAGCGACGGUGAGGGGAAUGCCUCAAUGCAUGGAUCAGUUUGGUCCUUACUUGGGAGAUGCUGA